GACGUACCUCACGGAAGCCGGCUUUGGUCCUGCGGCUCCUGCUGUCGCGGCGGAGAUACAUUUGGAGCUGGGAACCUAGGAAUGAAUCUUCUCUCAUCUUCCAAGCUCACCUGGUCAGAAUCCUUGGAUGAGCCUGUGGGACCCUUCCUCCUAGCCCUGUGGUUUGGAACCCGUGGCUUUGUGACUGUAAGAGGAUGGACAAAGGUAGUAUGAGGCCAGGCCAGCUCCCCAAAUGCCCGGGCAUCAAGCAUCUGCUGAUUCCACCCUGUGCCUGGCACGUGUGUUUUUCGGUCCUGGCUGGGUAUUGCCACCUCCCCCUGGGCCAGCACUACCCACGUACCUCUCGGCAGAGCCACAAUUGACUGACUUGCUGUUGAGCUGCUGCUCUUUGGCACACUGCAUUUUGAUGGCAGAGGGAACAGUUAUACCCAGAGCCCAGUGUGUCGGCAUCAUCAGUAUGACCUGAGCACCAUGUGCUGCACAACAUGACACGUGGCACCAGGACAGCUGCCCAGCGUGGAAGGUCUGGGCCAGAUUCUCAGGGGCUGUUAGAUUCAUCCCUGAUGGCAUCAGGCACUGCCAGCCGCUCAGAGGAUGAAGAGUCAUUGGCAGGGCAAAAGCGAGCAUCUUCCCAGGCUUUGGGCACCAUUCCUAAACGGAGAAGCUCCUCCAGGUUCAUCAAGAGGAAGAAGUUUGAUGAUGAGCUAGUGGAGAGCAGCCUUGCAAAGUCCUCUACCCGGGCAAAAGGAACCAGCGCGGUAGAACCAGGGCGCUGUUCUGGGAGUGAGCCCUCCUCCAGUGAGAAGAAGAAGGUAUCCAAGGCCCCUAGCAACACUCCUGUGCCACCCAGCCCUGCCCCAGCCCCUGGACUCACCAAGCGUGUGAAGAAAAGCAAACAGCCACUUCAGGUGACCAAGGAUCUGGGCCGCUGGAAGCCUGCAGAUGACCUCUUGCUCAUCAAUGCUGUCUUGCAGACUAAUGACCUGACAUCUGUCCACCUGGGUGUGAAGUUCAGCUGCCGCUUCACCCUUCGGGAAGUCCAGGAGCGCUGGUACGCUCUGCUCUACGAUCCUGUUAUCUCCAAACUAGCCUGCCAGGCCAUGAGGCAGCUGCACCCAGAGGCCAUUGCAGCCAUCCAGAGCAAGGCACUAUUUAGCAAAGCUGAGGAGCAGCUGUUGAGUAAAGUGGGAUCGACCAGCCAGCCCACCUUGGAGACUUUCCAGGACUUGUUGCACAGACACCCUGAUGCCUUCUACCUGGCCCGUACCGCCAAGGCACUACAGGCCCACUGGCAGCUCAUGAAGCAGUAUUACCUGCUGGAGGACCAGACAGUGCAGCCACUGCCCAAGGGGGACCAAGUGCUGAACUUCUCUGACGCAGAGGACCUGAUUGACGACAGUAAACUCAAGGACAUGCGAGAUGAGGUCCUGGAACAUGAGUUGACAGUGGCUGACCGACGCCAGAAGAGAGAGAUCCGACAGCUGGAACAGGAGCUGCAUAAGUGGCAGGUGCUAGUAGACAGCAUUACAGGCAUGAGUUCUCCGGACUUUGACAACCAGACACUGGCAGUGCUGCGAGGCCGCAUGGUGCGGUACCUGAUGCGCUCACGAGAGAUCACCUUGGGCAGAGCUACCAAGGAUAACCAGAUUGAUGUGGACUUGUCCCUGGAAGGUCCAGCCUGGAAGAUCUCCCGCAAGCAAGGUGUCAUCAAGCUGAAGAACAAUGGAGACUUUUUCAUUGCCAAUGAGGGCCGACGGCCCAUCUAUAUUGACGGCCGGCCUGUGCUGUGUGGCUCCAAGUGGCGCCUCAGUAACAACUCUGUCGUGGAGAUCGCUAGCCUGCGCUUCGUCUUCCUCAUCAACCAGGACCUCAUUGCCCUUAUCCGGGCUGAGGCUGCCAAGAUCACACCACAGUGAGGAAUGGUAGCAGGAACUGGGGCUCUCUCUGGCCUCAGUUUUCCUUAUCAUUCCAGUCCCUUGAGCUGAGAACUCAGGCUUCUGGAAAAUUCUUCUGCCCAGAGUGGAUAGUGGGAAGUCCAGCUGCUGGCCCAUUGACUGGAACCUUUGAGGCAGGGUGGGCUGGCCAUGGGAAGCCAGGAGAGGCUGGAACCCUUAUGCCUCCCUAGAGCCAGAGCCCCUCCCUGCCUCUCCACAGACCAUCCCCUCUCCCCGAUUUGCCAUCCUCACUCCUAUCUCCAGCGGAUUGGCUUCACACUUGUCCUUUAUUGUUUUCAUUUUUUGUAAAUAAAAAUGUACCCGAGUUCCAAAGUA